AUGGUAGGCGGAAAGGGCUGGGAGAACAAUGAUUUCCUCGACUCGUUAGGGGGGGGCGAUGAAGACCGUGAGCAAGCGCAACAGAACUACGAACAAUUCAAAGAAACACGUGAAUCUUUUAAUCAGAGACAAGCAGAACGGAUGAAAUCUCCUCAAGCCCAAGCAUUCCUCAAACAGCAACAGUCACGCGCGCAGCAGGAAUCCUUCUUUGAUGAUGAUGACUCGCUGGAGGAUGAGUCGUAUGGCGAUCUUGGAGUCAGCAGCGGAGGAUCUCGGUUCCGCAACUUGAUGCAAAAGUCUCAACAAAUGAAGCGUGGAAUGGGUGGAGGUGGUGCUUCCUUUGUCGACCCGUCCACAGGGUUGGAGCAAAAGUUUGUGGUUCCUCUAGAGCCAGAUGAAGGAGCCUCGGAUAACAAUACCGACGGGGAGCUGGAGUGA